CAGUGCACGACAAAACAGUUUUCGAGCCGCCGAAAAAGCAGCAGCGGAAGGAGGAACCCCUCUUGAAAUGGACUAACGCGCCUGCAUCAGUAGCACACUCUUUCCACAAAUAUCGGAGGGAAAGAUGGCAACAACAAGCAAGUUUUGUCCUCCUCACUUGACGGGCUGUCUUCUCUUCGUGGUGCUUCUCUCACAUCAUCCGGCUCUGGCGUCGGAUGAGCAAACGAAAACGGUGGAGCUUGACGUGAAACCGGGAGGAACAUUGUACACUUUUGCAGAUUCCAUUGGUGGUUAUGAAUGCUCAUUCUCAUUUGUGACACACGGAGGAACCAAUGAGAAAUGGCUCAUGAGUUUGGGGCUUAGUGAUGACAACAAGCUUUUUUCCUGCUCUGUGUGGAGGCCUACGGGGAGAUCAUACUUGUUUUUCUCGGCGUUCAAAAUCGAGUUGAAGGGAACCAAAGUUGAAUUUGCAAAUGCGUUGUCACAGGUGGCAGUGGCAUCAGGACAGAAUGAUAAGAAUCUUAAUUCAGAGGAAUACACCAUUGGAGAGUCCACAGUGACCCACACCGAAGGCAAGUUCAAGGCGGAGUUGUCCAAGCUGACGGUGAUCGGACGCACACGACACGAAGAGCUGUGAGCGCUCGUGACUCAGUCGCCGCUUUGGGCGUCCUUCCCGGGUGAGCUUCUGCGUUUAAGCUCAUUCGUCAAUAAAGGAUCCAAUUUGGAGAAUGAUUGCGUGACUGAGGGUGAUGAGGAUGAAGGCUGGAUAAAUUUGAGCAUUUGCCCCUCCAUGGGAGAAAUACAAUAAGAUGAUUUUGAUUUCCACCAUACGAUGUUUUGACACUAAAGAACCCUUCCACUGUCAAUUAUUCUUAACUUUUUGGGGCAUAAUGUGUGCUGAUCCAUCGGAGCUAAUCCAUAUGGAAUAAUAAAUGGAGAAACCUAAAUCACAAUUUUAGUAAGGGCCUCUUAGGACUUUGAAGUAAAAGCUCCCAGCAGCGCUAUAAUCCUUGGCUUCAUCAUAUGAAAAAUCUCCAAAAUGUUUUCUUCAAUCUUAUUUGCAACAUGUUUCACAAAUCACCACUAUUUGUGAUUGUUUAUUUUACUUGGGAGGGGGGGGUUAGAGAGAAGAUGAUUAUUUUAUUAGAAUUGAAGUGGCUACUUCUGUAGUGAGAGGAGUCUAUUUACUCUAUAUCUUUAAUGUGAACCCAAGUUUAAAACCUUACAAUUUUGGUGCUUUUUUUUUUUUUUUUGUCCUUAUAGCAGUGAAGCUCCCAAAUCUGUUGCUUCCAUCUCCCAGAGGAAAUAUUUCCAUAAAUACUGCUCCUUCUCUGGUGAAUAAAAUAAUUUGAAAACAAAUCACAGAUGUGAUGUUUCUACCUGGUUUACUUUGCGGGUCGUCUCUCGCUCCAGCAUUGGCCCCAUGGAGGUUGAGGAAAUGGUUUUAGCAGG